GCCCCUCACUCAGGUCUAUGGUUGCGUCCGGGCGCUGUAAACUCCCAGGUGCAGUGAAGGCGUCGUCAGCUCAUUUACACUGGGCCCUUGUCAUGUGGCUUCAUCGCAGCAGAGGAAAAUUAUCAGAAAAACAAAAUGGACCGAAACAAACGCAACUCUAUCGCCGCCUUCCCCACGCGCCCGGAGGCGGAGGACGGGGACGUCCCUGCAGGUUUCGCUCCGGGGGACACGGCCUCUGCGCCACAGGCGGGGCGCGUGUGGCCGUCCUCGUAUCGGGCUCUGAUCAGCGCCUUCUCGUGUCUCACUCGACUGGACGACUUCAGCUCUGAGUGGAUCGGCUCUGGAUUCUUCUCUGACGUUUACAGGGUGCAUCAUCGAGCCUCAGGUCAGGUCAUGGCUCUGAAGAUGAACAAACUGAGCAGUAACAGAGCGAACAUGCUCCGAGAAGUGCAACUGAUGAACCGCCUCUCACACCCCUGCAUCCUCAGGUUCAUGGGUGUGUGUGUUCAUGAGGGACAGCUGCACGCCCUGACAGAGUACAUAAACGGGGGGAAUCUUGAGCAGCUCCUGGACAGUAACAAACCGCUGACGUGGCCUAUGAGGGUGAAACUGUCCCUGGACAUCGCUGAGGGUCUGUCCUAUCUCCACUCCAAAGGCAUCUUCCACCGGGACCUGACGUCUAAGAACUGCCUGAUCAAAUGUGAGGAGAGCGGGUUCUCUGCAGUGGUGGGCGACUUCGGUUUGGCCGAGAAGAUCCCAACAAACACGGCUGAAGCAGAGAAGCUGACUGUGGUGGGUUCUCCGUACUGGAUGGCUCCUGAAGUCCUGAGAGGAGAACGAUACAACGAGAAGGCGGAUGUUUUCUCUUACGGGAUCGUUCUGUGUGAAAUCAUCGCCAGAGUUCAGGCUGAUCCCGACUUCCUUCCACGAACAGAGAACUUUGGUCUGGACUAUCACACGUUUCAGCACAUGGUCGGAGACUGUCCUCACGACUUCCUGCAGCUCACCUUCAACUGCUGCAACAUGGAUCCAAAGUUGCGUCCGAUUUUCCCCGACAUCGUCAGGAGUCUGGAGGAGAUCCUGACUCGACUGAAGCUGGAGGAGAUGGAGCAGGACUCUGUCGCCGACGGCAACGACAAGAUGAUGAUCAGUAAAGGUGAAAAGGUGCAGGGCUUCAAGCGUCUGAAUCCUCUGAGUUUCCAAGACGGAAAGAUCCCGCCCAAAUCGCCUCGGCCCCGACGCAACAUCUGGCUGAGUCGCAGCCAAUCGGACGUCUUCUCCUGUAAACCAGGAAGAAAGGUCAACGUGCAGGACCCGUACUACGACCCGCCCUUGACCCAGAGAAGCACCAAGUCUCACAAAAUCAACCCGUUCACCGCUCGAGAGGACCUCUGCGGGGGGAAGAUCAAAUUCUUCGACGUCCCCACUAAAUCUGUGUUCUCUUUAGUGUUCGAUCUCCACUCUCCUCCAGGAAGUGUGUUCUGUAAACUGCAGGCUAAUGCUAACGCUAACGGCCCGGCGACGGAGGGGUCGUACUCGUGGCAACAGUUACCGGGACGACAGUGUCACUCGGUGCCGGUGUCUCCGCGGUUACCGCGCUCCUUUCAUCUCUCGGACGCCGUCAUCGCUAACAACAACAACUGCGGCUCCGUGACGUGCGACGCCAACCAGCUGCCGCCCGGCGCAGUGAACUCCAGACCUGACCCUGUCCCGAGUGUGAACGACAUGAGGCCGAGGGCGCCGGCGAGCGGGUGGGCCAAGAAGUAUGUGGUGGUGGAGAUCCCCCCUUUCUGCAGGCAGAGAGGGGCCGACGGGGCCGACGGGGCCGAUGGGGCCGACGGGGCCGACGGGGCCGACGGGGCCGACGGGGCCGACGGGGCCGACGGGGCCGACGGGGCCGACGGAGCCGACGGAGCCGACGGGGCCCACGGGGCCCACGGGGCCCACGGGGCCCACGGGGCCCACGGGGCCCACGGGGCCCACGGGGCCGAGGACAGUGAGGGCGACUGGUCUCCCAUGAGCCCUUCUGAACAGGACAGUCCUGAGGCGAUGGACUGCUGCAGCCUGGACGACAGAGAGCCACACGUUUAAACCCGUUUUUUACCUGCGCCUGCUGCUGGAAACUUUGGGUCAUUCAGUCAAAACUAAAGAGCAGAAGUGAGUGGAGUUUGGAGGAGCAAAGAAAACAUUUAAAUCUGUUCUUCAGUGGGACACAGUGUCUGUGGACCUGAGUCUGUACAUGUAACACCUGCAGUGUCUCUGGGUCAAACCUGCAUUUGACCCGUCCAGUGUCUCUGGGUCAAACCUGUCCGCAGCAGUAGGACUCGUCUUCAGAUCUUGGUCUAGUCUUGGUCAGGACGUCCUGAGCUGGAGCAGGUUGGAGGGAGGUGGACGGGGGUGAGGUCAGGAGAAUAUUUCUGUAUUUUUUGGAGGAUCCAGAUGUUCACACAUUAUUCUCUCCGUCCAGCAGAAAUGUGUUGAGCUGUUAAAUCAUUUUAGUACAAAAAAUGUGUCGCACCUCCUCACAGGACUGAGGUUGGUCCAAGUCUCGUCCUGGUUUAGUCCCAUUCGAGGUGAUCUGUUUAUUGGUCCUUUGCUCCGUGGGUGUUUCAGUUUUGUUUGUUUCUGUUUCUUGCUCCUCCAGACUUCACCUGAGAGUGUCGUCUGGAGAAACUUUUAUUC